AUGAUUGGACCAAAGGAUGAAAGUGUCCACAUGUCAUUAGACCACAGCAGGGUCUUAGUAUCACAGCAGGGUCUUUGUACCACAGCAGUGUCUUAGUACCACAGGACGGACUUAAGUACAUCGGAACACUUCUGUCAGGAAUCCGUGAUGCUGGCCCUAUAAAAAGUGUACCAAGGUCUGCUCCACACUCCAUAGCCGAUCUUCUCUUGGCGCCCAACUGCUGGUCUUCCUACCCACCUGCUGGUCUUCCUGUGUGCGUCAAUGCCGCACGCCAACAACUCCUUCAGCUCCAGCCGGGAGCUCCUGGACUUCCACCAGCUGUCCCCGUGCGGCCCUGUGGAUUCUGACACGGACAAUAACGAUGCGAGUCGAGCGUGCGUUUUCACGGGGGCGUCCGCCCCGGCCCAGGACGGACAAAAGAUGGCACGCUGGGGUCAGCUGUGUGGCUGGGGGGCGCUGACCCCCAAAGCCAUCCAGGCGUUCAACACGCCGCGCUGGGUGCUGUUCUUCCUGUGCGUGGCCUCGUUCCUGCAGGGCAUGAUCAUCAACGGCUUCGUCAACACGGUGGUGACGUCCAUCGAGAGGCGCUUCGAGCUGCACAGCUACCAGUCGGGCGUCAUCGUCAGCUCCUACGACAUCGCCGCCUGCGUCUGCCUCGCCUUCGUCAGCUACUUCGGCGGCACGGGCCACAAGCCCCGCUGGCUGGGCUGGGGAGUGCUCCUCAUGGGGCUGGGCUCGCUGGUCUUCGCCUUGCCGCACUUCACCACGCCACCGUACCGGGUCAGCCUGUCCCAGCAGGCCGGCAUGUGCGGCGGAAAUCAGACCGGCCUGUGCCGGGACAGUGGAAACACGGGUCUGUCCGGGUAUCGUUACGUCUUCAUGCUGGGACAGUUCCUGCACGGCAUGGGAGCCACGCCCCUCUACACGCUGGGAGUCACCUACCUGGACGAGAACGUCAAGUCCAACUACGGGCCGGUUUACAUCGGGAUCUUCUACACCGCUGCCAUUGUGGGCCCAGCUGUGGGCUACCUGCUGGGGGGCUACUUCCUCAACAUUUACACCGAAACCUCCCUCACGACAGAGAUGACCCCGGAGAACCCGCUGUGGGUCGGUGCGUGGUGGAUCGGCUUCCUGGUGGGCGGAGCCGCCGCUCUGCUGGUGGCGUUUCCCAUCCUGGGCUACCCGAGACAGCUGCCAGGGCACAAGACGGUGCGCGUGUCCGAGGCCCACCAGCUCAAAGACGGCAGUCACACCACAGCUUCCGACCCUCAGUUUGGCAAGUCGGUCAAAGACAUGCCCAGGUCUGUGCUCCUCCUCCUGAAGAAUCCCACCUUCUUGUUUCUGUGCUUGGCGGGGGCAACCGAGGCCACCCUCAUCGGCGGGAUGUCCACCUUUGGUCCAAAGUUCUUGGAGGCACAGUUUAGCCUCAGCGCGUCUGAAGCUGCCACCUGGUUUGGCGUGAUGGUGGUACCUGCGGGAGGAGGCGGUACCUUCCUGGGCGGCUACAUAGUGAAGCGACUGAACCUGCGCUGUCGAGACAUCAUUCGAUUCUGCGUCGUCUGUGGCGUGGUCAGCCUGGCUGCCAUCUUCAUUUUCUUCAUCAACUGUCCCAAUGUGCGGAUGGCUGGCGUGAACGUUCCGUACACGGACUUGGGUCCCUUGUAUGACCAACUGCACGGUGCAGGAAACUGGAGCUCCUGGGCGCCGCAGAGCUUAAACGCGGAAUGCAACGCGGCGUGCGGCUGCGGCCGGGAGCUGUACAAUCCGGUGUGCGGCGCCGACGGCAUCAUGUACUACUCGCCCUGCCACGCCGGCUGCAGUGCCGUCAACCUCACGUCUAACACGGGCAGAAAGGUCUACUCAGGCUGCAGUUGCGUGGCGGCCAACGCCACCCAGGACGUGGGCGUGGUGGUGGCAGGAAAGUGCAGCAGCGCCUGCAACCACAUGUUGGUCUUCCUCAUCUUCUGCUUUGUGGUGAUGAUGUUUACCUUCCUCUGCAGCAUCCCCGCUCUCACCGCCACGCUCAGGUGCGUGCCCGACAGCCAGAAAUCCUUCAGUCUCGGGAUCCAGUGGAUUCUGGUGCGCACCUUGGGCGGCAUUCCGGGUCCCAUCGCUUUCGGCUCUAUGAUCGACGUCUCCUGCCUCCUGUGGCAGGACCAGUGUGGAGAUCCAGGUUCUUGCUACCUCUACCAGAACUCGGCCAUGAGCCGCUACAUGCUAAUUGCCGGCGUCAUCUACAAGGUUUUGGGCACCGUCUUCUUCUUGCUGGCCAGCGUCUUGUACCAACCUCCGCCAGAGUCGCCUCAAAGCCCUGAUCCCAAAAUCGGAGACAAAAAAGACUUGCCUGUGAAAGAUCUUCCUGCGGACAGAGUCAUCGCCAACCCGCAUGCUUGGUUGUGAUGUCCAAGAGAACUGCUGACCUUGGUCUCAUUCCCUGGUGCUUCUUCAACCUUCUACACCUUCAGCCUUAGCCGUAACAAAGUUCAACAGGACUUCUAGCGCAUUAAUCAACUUUUUGUCUGACUCAGAUCUUACGGGCACUAAAACUUUCCUAUUGAUCAAGUUCCAGAGACUUAUAUGUGGGCCAACUGAGCAGUUCUGCUUAGGGAGUCCAGAUCUGGAUCCAUGUCGACCACGAUCCUUAACUAACCUCCACCAAGUCUGGUGGGAAUGUUUCUUAGUCCUAGCCUGUGUCCAAGUCUGUUACCAUCUUAAACAAACUUCUACAACCAGACAGGUUUACACCAGAACCUUUCUCUUAAAUUUUAACUUGCAGGACUUUAUCUUAAAUUUUGACUUUCUCACAAAUUUUACCUUCCAGGACUUUGUUCUCUCCUAAAUUUUGACUUGGAGGACUUUCUCCCAAAUUUCGACUAGCAGGACUUUGUUGUCACACAUUUUGACUUUCUCACAAAUUUUGACAUGCAGGACUUUGUUCUCCUAAAUCUUGACUGGCAGGACUUUGUUCUUAACUUGCAGGACUAUGUUCUCCCAAAUUUUGACUUGCAGGAUUAGAAAAAAAUGUGACUUGCAGGACUUUGUUUUCACAAAUCUUGACUGGCAGGACUUGUUUCUUAACUUGCAGGACUUUGUUCUCCCAAAUCUUGACUAGCAGGACUUUGUUCUCCCAAAUUUUGACUUGCAGGACUUAGUUCUCCCAGAUCUUAACUUGCAGGACUUUCUCUCAAAUUUUGACUUGCAGGACUUUGUUUUCUUAAAUUUUGACUUUCUCACAAAUUUUACCUUGCCGGACUUUGUUGUCACACAUUUUAACUUGCAGGACUUUGUUCUCCCAAAUCUUGACUGGCUGGACUUAGUUCUUAACUUGCAGUACUUAGUUCUGCCAAAUCUUAACUUGCAGGACUUUCUCACAAAUGUUAACUUUCUCUCAAAUUUUGACUUGCAGGAUUUUGUUUUCUUAAAUUUUAGUCACAAAUUUUAACUUGCAAGACUUUGUUCUCCCAAAUCUUGACUUGCAGGACUUAACACUUUUUAUUGAAUUCUGAACUUGAUAUAUUGCACAUUUUCCCACAUAAACAAAGACAAUUGGUCAGGCCAACUUUAUUCUGAUCAAAUUAAUCUUUUCCCUCAAACUUGACAUUCGGCGGUCAUUUUGUUCUCCAACAUUUCAGCGUGAGUCUGAUACUUCUUAGAAAUUUAAGACGUGAUCACCCAAAAAUUCCUUUGGUCACAGUUGUUGUGACGACAGAUGUGCCAAAGCAACUUAUGCAAAUAUUUCAUGUCUAAAAUAUGAUUGUAUUGUUUCCUACUUACUUGGCUUCAUGUUUUUUUAAACUUAUUUUUGAUGGUAAAAUGUCCACAUUUUUGUAUGAACUAGAAAUAUUUGAAUGAGCAGGCCCAUAAUAAAAACCUUCCAUGAU